AUGGUACGUUUGCUCAUUGAGGGCCACCGUUCUCAGAGCGGAUCACAGUGCAUUCUCAUAUUCUUGCCUGGCAUUGGAAGUAUCAACUCGCUUUUUGACGCGUUGAGCAUUAACGGGAAGGGUGUGGAAGGUCAAAAUGUUCAAGUUUUGGUUCUACACUCGGGAAUUGAGCUAGAGCAUCAGCAGGAGGCGUUUAAAUUGCUAGGAGAAAAGUCCACCAGAAUUAUUUUGUCCACAAACAUUGCUGAGAGUAGUGUGACCAUUCCUGAUGUUACGCAUGUGAUCAAUUGUGCGAUUGAGAAGCAGAUUGAGAUACCAAAUGCAGCGAGAUCGCACGCGGAAGUAUUGGUAGAUACUUGGUGCUCACGUGCCUCUGCGCUGCAACGCUCGGGGCGUGCUGGACGAGUCAUGCCUGGCACGGCAUUCCAUUUGGUUACGAAGUCAUUCCGUGAGCGUUGUAUGGCUGAAUACAACACCCCAGAAUUGCUGCGUAAACCGCUGGACCGAAUUGUGCUGCAAUUGAGGGGACGGCUGAGCCAGUUUGGAGUGCCCAGCUCCCUUCUCAGACAGGCCUUGGAUGCCCCGGAUCUUUCUCAUAUUGGCGGAGCCUACAAGCUCCUGCAUGCCUUCGGUGCCAUUGACUCCGAUGAAGAAGAUAAAUCUCGUUUGACUAGGUUCGGGUCAUUUGUCUGCCAGAUGCCUCUCAGCCUUGAGCUGUGUCGGCUACUAAUGACAGGCGCUUACAUGGUCCAGGAUACCACGAGCAAUGGUGAGUCGUGGCCGCUGUUGCUGAAUGCUGUCGUGCUAGUGGCGAUUCUUGCCGCACCGGAUGUGUUUGUCAUGCCGUCGUUCUAUCACGCAAAAUCUGCGCAAGCGUAUGUGGGGGAGAUGAAAAGAAAUUUGCAAGCAAAGCUGAAAUUAGAUGACGGAAUGUGGAGCGAGCCGCUUUCAGUCUGGUUGUUUUACAUCAAGACGCUUAGCGAGCAACCCUUAAAGGGCAAGCGCAACUUGAACGGCAUUUUCUACAAGAUGUCGAUUUCCGUUCGACGGUAUCAGACUCUUAAUUUCUUGAUCUCAGAUCUUUGUGCACGGUUAAUUGCUCUGUCAAAGAGCAAAUCCGGUGAGUUUGACCAGCUUUUGGAUACGAAAACGGUCGUCAUGUUGAGCAAACUGGAUGCGUAUGCAAGUUCGCAGCGGAUGGACAAGCAGCUUUUAAGAUUUGCCCGCGAUACUAUUACUGACAAGCGUAACGAAGUGCGUGUCUUGCGCUUCUUGAUAGUUCAAAACUACGGCGACCAUCUCAUUGGGAGCGCACGUGCGAAACCUACCAAGUUUGCGGAUGAUGACCACGACGGCAAUGAUCGUGUGGAUUUGAAAGUGAACAAGGAAGAAGCGGCGAGGUUUCUUUGUUUGUCUAAUAAAGACAAAGCCACGCUAUUCAAUCAACUCGCUAGCAGCGCCAAACCGACGGAUGAGCUUGCAGCUCUCGCCCACGAGCAAAACAUUGUGUCGAUCUACUCUUACAUCACUCCGAAAAAUUGCGGUGAGGAUGAGCACGAAGAAAAUUGCUUCGUCGAGGUAACUAGAGACACUGUAUCGAGAAUGAGCUUUCCAGUGUCGCUGGUUUACUACAUUCGCGGCGAUGGCUUUCCUGUGAACUUGGGCAUGCGGUCGGGUUCGGAGAAAUUUGAGCAGGCGUUCAAGUUCCGUGUGUCGGGUAGCAAUUCAUGCGGACUAACGUGGCAGCAGCAAAAGGAUAACGUCAAGGCAUCGACUGGCAGCCGCAGCCUGUUCUCACUGCCUAUUCGGCCACUGGAAACGAAAACGAAGAAGAAGGAGAAAGAAGCCAAACUACUAGCGUAUGCCAAUAUUCAAUUGCACAUGGAUGCUAAGGCGGGAGAAAUUUUGCUUGUGAAAGUAGGGUCUCAAGAUGCAACCUUACCACUCAAAAUGGCCCUUAAAGUUGAAGUGCUAGCUACCGUCAAUGUGCUGCGUGCAGCAUUAUCGGAUGCGCUCAACGCGACAAUAGGUGCAAGGAGACUGUGUGUGUCCGACUUGCUGGCGUUGGCGGAUGAUACCGUAUUUCUGACGAAGGAGAGCAAAGCAAGUGUAAAGGAAUGCAAGUGGCAACGCUUAUCAAUGAAUAAGCUCGACAAAACGAUGCUGGUAGAACGAGAGACGCCAACUCGCUUUCCACAGCUUUAUAUGACUUAG